AUGGCUGACAGUUGGUGGGAUGAUUUCUCAAACAAUCCCGCUACGGACCUUGCUCCGCUUGUUUCUCUUCUUGGAGAAUCUCCAACUAAACAAUAUAUUAGCGAGUGUCUGGCGACCGAGGACAUCAUUAUCUUUGCUGCCGCACCUAUAGGUGUAAUUACCGCCAUUGUGUCUGCUAUUCGAGUAUGCGGGACCCCUUCACUGAGAGCAUUUGUUAGCAGAGCUCAAGAAGGCGCCGGUGCUAUUGAGGCAGAGCUGUGUUCUUCCACUAGUCGCGACGUCUGUGAGCUCUACAAUAACGGAGGCAUCGCCCGAGUUUUUGGGCGCCCUAAGCUACUCGAGAUUGUACGCGAUCCCCAAGCUCCUUUCGAUGAAUUUUACCCUUCCAACGGGGCAAAAGCGACCGCCGGUAUAUAUUCAUUCGAAGAAUAUCUGAAAACGAAUAGAGGUAAAAGCGAAUGGAAAUUGCAGCGGACUUGGUUGGAAAAGUGGAAGAAUCCUACGGAAACAACGGAAACAGGUUCUCAACAGGGCCCGGCGAAACAUUUUGCACCUAACCCAAAUCUUUCCCAAAAUAUCGGAAUUAAGCCAUAUAGUCAAGGUUGGUUCAUAGCCGCAGCUGCGGUAGGAGUCAUGAUGCAAGCAUUCGUCCUGGUAUGGGCUAUACUCACGAGGUAUCACUAUCAGUGGGUGAGGAAUAGUCGUCAAGAUCAAUACGCCGUUCCAUUAACCGUCGUUAGCACGGUAUCCCUCUGUCUAGGAGUAUCUCUAUGUGCCCGUCUUAUAGAGAGUAAGACGAAGGAACGCUAUUAUGAACGAAAAGACCCACAAAACUCCGAAAGCCUUUCUACAAUGUACUGGGUCCAGCCUGGGAACCAAAGGAUAGGGGACCAGGUUUUCGAUGCAUUUGGUUACUCUGGCAGCAUGUCGCAUCUUCGAAAAUAUAUUACGUCGUGGAAAGACCCUAAUGAUGAUCCCUCCACUGUGGGUUGGAUUUGGGUUGCUUUGGUUACAACCGUAAUCGGUUUUGUCUGCCAAUUUCUUGGUCUAAGGGCUUGCCACUCUUCUGUUGCAGUUGUACAGUUUGGUGUCACUAUCAUAAUGAGUCUCAUCCGCGCCGGGCUUAGAACUCAACGAUUGAGGAAAGAAGACAACUUCAUGAUGAAUGAACCCGGACUCUUUUCAGGGGCACGAACUAGAUUGCUUGGCGAUGAAAAUGGGCAAUUUAAGGGCCGAGGGAACCCACGCUCCGAUAAAUUUAAAGGAAACCGCCGCGUUCAAGCCGAGAGUGAAAUAUCCCAGUGGCUCAUAGCGAAGUAUUGCGUCAAGAGCCUGAAUGAUGCCGUCAAGAGCUUUUGUUUUAGGACUCGACUUGCCCGUAUCACAGGAUUGAGAGAGCCAGACUCGGGGGGUAGUAGUAAUUGGAGUGACGAAUUAGUCUCCAUUCGAACUACGGCCUUGAUUCUAGCCCGCGCUAUUCAUGAUACUAUGCGUAUCUUCUCUGCCGGGCGUGUGAUAUACCAGAGAGCCUUCGCCAUAUUCUGCAUGGUCCAAGUUGAUCCAGGUAUGAAUGUAUGCGGGGAGAGCGAGGUCUACUUGUCAUUGCGGAAACAGAUUGACGAAGAUAUAAAGCCUGAGGGUACAUGGAAAACUGACCCUUUUGAGAUAGAAGCUUUACUUGGUUUGUGGAUGACGAAUCAACGUAUAAAUCGAAUUAUCGGCCUCGAUGGGUAUCUCAGGUUGGAAACGGCCAUUCGCGAGUACAACCAAAACUUUCGUAGUGCACGCGACCCGUGGCAGCAGCGGAAAGAUGGCGAGGCGUUAAAUUUGCGGUUGCAGCUGUUGAGAGCAGACUGGAAUUCACCUAUCGAGUAUGCACGAGCGCAAAACGCGGUGUGGUGGAAAGAUGGCAAGGAGUUCGUUACCCGUGAAGAAGGGCCGCAGGGUGAACCCCGCGACCAGCGACGAUUUUUUGGGUGUUGCAACUUGGAGGAGAGGACUCCGCCAGGUGAAAGCUUUGCAGUUCUCGAGGUAUCCUCUGAGAAAAGUCUCCAAAUGAAUUGUGCCCAAGGGAUUUAUUCAGUAUUUCUAAAUGCGAUAGUGUCUGCUGUGGAGAGAGUAGAAGGCUCGCGGAUCGCCGAAAUACAAGAUGCGAUUAUCGAAGCAGGUUUAUGCGAUAGAGACGACUCUUUUGCGUGUGUAAUUAUUUUUAUAAAGCGUUAUUAUUAUGGAUAG